AUGACAGCCAGUUUUGUAAAGAAGGUCCAUGAAAUGGAAUUCCCAGAUGAGCCAGAGCUCUGUUUUGAACUGACCAAGCUCCCUGAUCCCCCUGCUAAUUGGAGAUGGCUCAACAAUAAAACCGCCAAAGAAUUUGCUAGUACAAAGGACUAUAGCGUUGAUCUUGUUAAGGCAUGGGCAAGGAUUUAUUUUUGGGGGAUCUACUGGACACCGAAGCAAUAUUCUCCUAAGUCCGAAAUUAUCAAAAACCUAUGGAAACUCAUGUACCAUACGCCUCAAAAAUAUCGACCACAAAGCUUCUCUGAGUUCUAUGAUCUGAAUCGCGACAGCGGUCCUCGCUUUAUCAAAUGGGAUGCGAAUGUAUAUGAGCAAACUGUUCCUAUUAGUCGCCAUUAUCCGAAUAUGCCUGCUGAAGGUCAACCUGCUAGUAAAGGCUUUGUGCGCCCCCCAUGGGUGCCGGAUUGGAUAUCGGAUUCCCAUGCUGAGCAAUAUCUAUAUCCGAUGUACCUACCAGGCACUGAGCCUGUUCCAAUUAUAACGGAUGGGGAGCCUGGAAACCCUGCAACCGAGUUUGGGACUAGGCCACAUCCAAGAGUCAAAAGGAACGAUGUAUCCGAAAAGGCACCCAGAAAACAUGUAACCAAAAAACAACCAACACAGCUACCUGCACCACCUGCACCAGUAUUAGACCCUGCCGAACGACAGCAUUGGUUGGAUAGGAUUGACCAAGAAAUGAAGUCUAUGCUCUAUACAACCAAUCUUCCUACUCCGCAUAUCCCCCACAUUGCUCUCCCAAUUCCUCCAGAACCUGGACAAGAGCUUGUGAAACAAAAAAUAGAGCAAGCCAUCAUGAAACUCACGUAUUCUGAGCUGGAGCGCCAUCAUGAUGCCCCACUCCGAAAACCACACUCCAGUUCCCUCGCAGUCUCUUCAGAUGAUCUUCAAUUCGUUCAGAUCUCGGCGCAUCCAACUGUCGCGGGGCUGAUGCUUGAUCCCAGCACACUUCAGUGGCAUGAAUCAGCAAAGGCUGGGGGUGAAUUUGGUGUGCCUUAUCAGUAUCGGGGUAGGGGUCCUGUCUGGGCCAACAACUCCUGUGCCAUUGACUCAUGUAUCGUUGCAGGAAUGCUGCUUGAUGCGGGAUGUACCGUGGUGGACCGGAAGGAUAAUAAAGCUGUCCAAUACACCGAGCUUGAAAGAGCCUUCAUCGAAGUUACAAACAUGAACUGGGAUGUCCUCGACGACAUAGUAUCUUGCCAAUUGCGUGAUCAGUACUUCCAUCUGAUUUCGUCAACCGUGCCUAUCAUAAAAAUGGGCCAACCCUCACCCACAUGGGCAGUUUGGGCAGAGUCCACGAGGAACUUUGCUCAAUUCCAACUGAUAUUUGAAGAAAAUACUACUGGUUGUGAAUGCAUGCAUUAUCCUUGUGAAAGGCGUCGAAAGUUCGGAUCUUGUAUUUCAGUUGCAAUCCAGGAGAGUGAUGCUACGGGAGUGGAAAUUUCGACAUUGAUUGAGCGCGUCCUACAUAGUUCAAUUAUCGAACCCUGUCAUCGGUGUGAUAACCUAUUGGGCAACAUAACACAAGUGAGAGUGGAGAAGCUUCCAUAUCGUCUCGUAUUGAACAAUUACAACAAGGCCCCAUUAAGGCCCCUAAAUCAUACGCAAACUGUGACUUUCAGAUACUAUAAUAUCAAGGGUGACGAGUCACUUGCCACAUAUCGAUGGCUCGGAGGUGUCUACCAGAGUAAUGGACACGUGAGGGUUUUUUGGCGAGAUGGGAAACGUGGAGAGCGGGAAUCAGGCAACCUUUGCAUCUAUGAUGGCCAGCUAAAUUCUGGAGUGAUCAUUGGAGGCGUCCCACCACAGCAUCCAACUGAACAGGUUCCUUUCGAAUAUCUCCAAGAUGGCUUCUGUCUCGUGUUUUAUGAGCGUGUUCUUAAUCCCACCUCAGAGGCAUUAACCUCAGCUAUGAGGACGGUUCAAAAUAUGGCGAAGACUGUGAGAGAAGGAGGGGAUUUCCUUGUCAAUCACAAGGGCUGGAUGCCAAAGGAACCUCAGGCGCAUCACCCGUUGCCUCGCGCAAUAAAUGUGAUUGCAGAUCGCUACUACGAUGCUCACCGCAAUGAUAUUCCAAGGGCAUCCGACGGAAAUCACAACUUCUUGAACAUCCGAGACUUGGCCACGGUAGCUCCAUCAGAUCUUCAUCGAGGGCUUGGAUCAAUCGGAAUAUUUGGUGAUGAAAUGGAUUGGACAACUGCAGAACAACCAUUCAAUGAAUUUGACUCGUUGCUCCAGAGUCCAUCGUUAUUCACUCCAUAUCCGGAUAUGUGGCCUCAGGGUCAGCCUCCUGCUGGAGCUAGAGGUGCACUGGAAUUCCCUUGUCUUCCACGAACACCGACUCCUACAGCUUCACAAGUUACCACCCUGGCAAACAGUAGGUCAAAAGACUCAAGGAACUCAAGAGGCGAUUUUGCUAUCUCCUCCAGUAGGGUGAGAGCCUCCGCUCGCUCUUACAUGUCUACACCUGCACAACCACGGGCUCUCGAAAAACUUGACAAGAGCAUAGGUUUUAAUAAUUCGCUCAAUGGGCCUGCCAAGAGGGUGGCAAAGAAAGCAGCUAAGAAAGUGGCUAAGGCAACAGCGGAAGCACCGAAAAAAGUGGUCAAAGCAAAGCGAGGACCGAAGAAAGGGAAGAAAAAAGUGACCAAGAAAAAGAGAUGA